AUGCAACCGGCUCCUACGGAUCCGCGAAGGCCGAACAAGGUGCAACGAUACAAGGCCAUCGACCCGAACAAUGCUGUCGCAUUGGCCAGCGAUGACCCGAUGCCCGAAUACAUGAACGUCCUCGGCAUGAUCUUCAGCAUGCUCGGGCUGAUGAUGAGGAUGAAAUGGUGUGCUUGGGCGGCGUUGCUGUGCUCGUGCAUCUCGUUCGCCAACACGCGCUCUUUCGAUGAUACCAAGCAGAUUGUCUCCAGUUUUAUGUUGUCGAUCUCAGCCGUUGUAAUGUCCUACCUCCAGAACCCAGCCCCGAUCGUGCCGCCGUGGGCCGCAUUCAAU